AUGGCCGAUCAACAAACUAUGCCACUCCGUGACAGGUACGGGGAAUGGAUCUCCGAGGCUUUCGAGAAGAAAGAAGGAGACAUGGACGCUGUGAAAGAGCAUCGACUCGAAGAAGCUAACAGGCUUGCAAGAGGUGCAUUGAAUUUGGGGAAAGAGAGGCAUAGUUCCCGCACUUUUCGAGGCUUGCAGAAAGUCGAUAAUGGCAGCAAGAGAACACCAUCGGAGCUGCGUACGGGGAGCACAAAGCCGGGGUCGGGCGGAUCUGUACCUCUACUUACACCUCCAAGAUCUCCAACUAAAUCCGGAGUCUCAACGGGAACAUCCGUUGCUAUUACCCCGGUGGUCGAAAUAACAGACUCUCAAGAAGUUGCAGACAUUCGCAACUCUCUCCGAAAUCAUGAGUACGAAAUCUUGUCACUUCGAAUGCAACUUGAGGAUAUACGAGCGGAAGUCCAGGAUCUCCAUAAGCAGUGCCGGAAAGCGUCCGAAGACUAUGCAAACGCGGUCUGCAGAGACGAUGAAGAGAACCUCAAGAGGUUUGAGAAGCGAGAAGAGAAGCUGAAAAAGCUGCUGGAGCAGAAGAACCAGGCAAUUGACGGGCUUCAGGAGGAAAUCGUGGAGAAAAAAAGAUGUGAGGGAGAACUCAAGGAGAAGCUGGCUGAGGUGGAAGGAAGAGACAAAGCAAGGGAAGCUAUGCCGACUCAAGUAGAGAAGACUGUCAGCGAUGGCUCUGACACAGUAGAGAAGGGCAAUAGGAAGGGGAAGGAUACGUCAGUGCGCGCGAAACAGAGAGCGAUUGGAAGCUGGGAAUUUCGGCGUAAGAAGGGGGAGAAUGAGACACCUCUCAGCGCCGGCAUGGCCGGUACAGGCAAAUCUACUAUUGCUCAGACUAUCGCACGCACUCUCACCAAGCAAAAACGGCUUGCCGCGAAUUUCAUAUUCUCAAGAGGCCGCGGCGAUCUCAGCGAUACCGGUAAAUUCUUCAGUAUCGUUGCGAUUCAAUUGGCGGCUACUUCACGAAGGCUAAAACACUACAUAUGCGAAGCAAUCGCCCGAAAUGAAGGCAUCUCUCGGCAAUCUAUGCGCGAUCAGUGGACGAAGUUGGUUUAUCAACCCUUGCUGAAACUAGGAGAUCGGUGA